AUGUCGGAAAUCAGACUCCAGACCACCAGCUUCUCAUCUCCGUCGUCUACCUUUUUCAACAACCACCAGGACCACCACACCGACUACCACGACCACCAUUCCGCUUCACCGACACACAUCAAUCUCUACACCUCCAGUGCUCUGUCUCCAGCUUUCCGCUUCUCCAUUGAGCACCGUUCCAUCUCCCCAAACCGAUCCAUCACCACUUCCAAGAAGAACGGCCCAAUCGCGGCAGCCAGGAAGAUGUGUAUGUACUCGCUGACGAAUCAUCCAAGCUUGUUUCGCUGCAGAUCUGCCAUGACGAACUCGCUGGUUUGA